UUCGUGACGCGUAGCGUUGAUAUCAAUAUUAUUCGGUAUCAGUCUUCGGCGAGUACGAAUCAACGACUUCUGCAUAUUAUCGCGGUUUACGAAUAUUCCAGUAGCCUUCUAGUUUUUCCACGAACAAGUGCCAAUUAUGUAUCUGUCUACAUUCCGGUCUACUGUGCGUCGCAUGCAGCAAAAAAUGACCGCGACGCGCCGAUUACAUUUACAUGCGUCACGUUUUCAGCACCGUACAGGUCCACUGACACAGUUCACAGAUGACGAACUCAUGACAAAGGAAAUGGUCGCCAAACUGGCCAAGCAGGAGAUCGCUCCGCUCGUACGAAAAAUGGAAAAGGAGGGAAGAUUAGAUGAUGGUUUAUUUCAGAAGCUCUUCGAGAGUGGUCUGAUGGGUAUGGAGAUCCCGAUGGAGUACGGCGGGACAGGGGGCAACUUUAUGAGCACGAUUCUAGCUAUCGAAGAGAUUGCUAAGGUCGAUAUGGCAGUGUCCGUACCUGUCGAUAUCCAGAAUACUUUGGUGAAUUCGUUGAUUCUCAAGAUCGGAUCCGAGGAACAAAAGCAAAAGUACUUGCCUAGACUAGCCCGGGAUUCCGUGAGUAGCUUCUGCCUAACGGAACCUGACUCGGGCUCGGACGCGUUCUCUCUGAAAACUGAGGCGAGGAAGGUAGGUGCCGAGUACGUGAUCAACGGCACGAAGAUAUGGAUAUCGAAUUCCGACCUGGCGAAGAUCUUCUUGGUCUUCGCCAACGCGGACCCAACCGCCGGUUACCGUGGCAUCACGACCUUCCUCGUGGACCGCGACACGCCCGGUUUGACGGUGGACAAACCUGAGGACAAGAUGGGUAUCAAGGCGUCUGGUACCUGCGUGGUGCACUUCGACAACGUCCGAAUACCCGAGGACAAUCUGCUGGGAAAGUUUGGACACGGAUACAAAUACGCGGCCGGAUUUCUGAACGAGGGUAGAAUCGGCAUCGGCGCGCAAAUGAUAGGCGUAGCUCAAGCGUGUCUGGAUGCGACCGUACCGUACACAUUGGACAGGAGGCAAUUUGGACAAGACAUUUUCUCCUUCCAGAGCUUGCAACAUCAGAUAGCUCAGGCGGUAACGGAAUUGGAAUGCGCCAGAUUGCUUGUUUACAAUGCGGCGAGAUUAGUCGAGGCAAAAAGGGACGUUAUGAAAGAAGCAGCUAUGGCGAAGCUCUUUGCGUCCGAAACCGCGUGUCGUAUUACCACGAAGUGUAUAGACUUUAUGGGAGGCGUUGGCUUCACGACUGACUUUCCUCAAGAAAAAUAUUACAGAGAUGUAAAAAUCGGUACCAUUUAUGAGGGUACGAGCAAUAUGCAGUUGUCAACAAUUGCGAAAUGUAUUCGCAAGGAAUAUUCCUAAAGAACGACAAACAAUCGUCUUAAUUGUUCCUAAAAUUAUAAUUUAUAUAUUUAAUAAGUAUGUGUUCCAUAUUUUUUAAAAUAUUAUAUGUGUACGUAAUAAAAAUUUUUUUUCACGUU